AUGAUGUACAACGUAUUGACAGCAGCUGAAAACAAGAGGAGAGUUUGUCGAGUGUCUCAGAAGCGGUACCAACCAGACCAAUUUCGACGUGGUAUUACGAUUGAACCAAAUCAGCUGUACUGGAACAAAUGUGAGUCAGUGGUAUUCUUUGAAACAUUGCACCUGCAAGUAAUAUCACCAUCGGACACCAGAAACCAGCAAUUGCAUUUGCGACAGUUGCUGACUCAAUAA